CCAUAUCUUAUAAAUUGUAGCGGCCAUUUACUAUAGAACUCAAAUUACUAAAAUGAUCCAGUCAGCUUGUAUACUUUUUCUAUGGAUUCUUCCCUGGUUGGCAACUGCUCAGCUCGACAGCUGUGGGAUCAUGGGCAACGUGACAAUGGUGGAGGAUGUGCCAUGGCAGGCAUCAAUUCAGUCUGACGGCAACCACAUUUGCAGCGGUGCUAUCCUCAGCACCAAGCACAUAGUCACGACCUCGGAUUGCGCAUCAAAGAGUCCACUGUCUAACCUAAAGGUCGUCGUAGGCAAUUCCAUUAGGCUCUCGGAGUCCGGAACUGUAGCGGGGGUUUGCAAAGUGACCAUCCACCCCCAGUCUGGCAAGAAAAAGUACGUCAGCAAUUUGGCCUUGCUGAACCUGUGCGAGCCACUGAAACCCUCGAACAAGAUCAAGGAAAUCCAGCUUAUCGACAAGCAGCCCGAUCUGCUGGCUAAAGCCACAGCUUCCGGCUUUGGCGCCCUCGGAUGGUGGGGCUUGACAAAAAAAAAAUGUUGGUCCGUUUCAUCGGCGGUCCUGCGAAAACGAGAUGUCAAGCUCUACGACGUAAAGGCAUGCAUCUCUGAACGAGUUGGUUGGUUUGGUAAGGCCUCUGGCAUCACGGAUCAGAACAUUUGCGCCGCCAAGCAGGACAAGGGCUGCUCCUUCGACAAGGGCUCUCCGCUGGUCAUCGAUGGCAAGUUGGCGGGCGUAUUAGCCCUGGGCGAUUGUUCCAAGAAGCCCGAUGUCUUUGUCAAUUUGAUCCAUCACACCAACUGGAUAAAAGAUAAUACUAAGGAAAAUUAAUGGACAAACAUCAAUGCCAUCUUGUUACGUGAGACUAUUGUACCCAAGUCUAUGAAAUAUAUUUAUUAGUGAUUAUAAGCUAAUCUA